AUGCAGAAAGGUGAAAUCAUGGACGUUCACACUUUCUUGAACGAAACAGCCGUGCAUGUGACUCCCAUGAAAACCAUGUUUUUCAUAUUUAACUGCACGGUCUUAUCCCUAGCAUUAGUAUUGGGUUUGCCCGGGAACUUGUGGGUUUGUUGGGUUGUUUUUAGGACCAAGAGCAUGCAGACCUUCAAUAACGCGCUGCUGGUCAGCUUGGCCGCCAGUGACCUCUUGAAGUGCUCUGUGGACAUACCGCUGCUGCUCUUCUCUUUUCUGCGGUACAGGAAGGACAGCCAGGUGUCGGUGUCUGUGUGUACCCUGCAGCAGUUCACCUAUGCCCUGUGCAGCUGUGUCCAGCUGCUCACGCUUGUCAGCAUCAGCGUGGAGCGCUUCCAAGCCAUCGCGUUCCCUUUCCAAACCGAGAGGAGGAAAGCGAGGGUCAGUCUCUGGAUCCUGUCCAUCUGGGCAUGCGGCCUGAUUUUGGCUAUAACCUCUCUGACUCUUUCCAAAAAGGCGCUUUUUUACAUGCUCUGCCGUCCGCACCUCGGGGAUCAUGGCGACGAGCGUCUACAAUAUUCGGAUCCAUUUGGACCCUACGUGCUGGUCCCGGUGUGGGUAUUGUGUUUGACUGUGAUCGUUAUCCACUACGUGCGAAUAUUCAACGUUGUUAGACAGCACCGAAAGAAAGUGUUCAGUCGGGAAGUCCAGCUGAGGCCGGCGGUCUCGGGACAGGUCUGUGGCUGUCCGAGUGUCAAUGCUUCAGCACCACGGACAGCUCUGCCGGGCUCCUUCAGCCCGUCACCCCCCGGCCGGACGGUGCUCCUGGUGGCCGAGGCCAGUGCUCCCUGUGCGGGCGCCCCGGGGAGAACUCCGGAGAUUGUCGGGGUGGUGUGUCUUCUGACCCCUGGGGCCAGGGAGCGGGGGAAGAAACAGAUGGAAGGAAAGCUGGCCCAGCGUUUUGGGUACAUAUCCAUUGCGUUCACGCUUUUCUGGGCGCCUAUGGUGGUUAUUUUGCUAACGAACGUCAUCUCGUGGAAUAACACUGACAAAUUGCUGAUGGAGCUGGAGACAUCAGCUAUGGUGCUGACCUGUGUGCAUGCUGCAGUGGAUCCCCUCAUCUAUACGUUAGUCACUAGACAGUUUCGCUCUGAACUCAGCAAGAUCCUCUCGUCCAUCCCAAGGUGUCCCCUAAAACGGAGUGCCUGAAGGUUCAACACUUUAUGAACAGUUGGAUCACAUGUACUGUACUUUUGGGAAUUGAGACACACACACACACACACACACACACACACACACACACACACACACACACACACACACACACACACACACACACACACACACACACACACACACACACACACACACACAUUUAAAAGUGAGUGAAAAAGAGACCACAGAUUUAGUAUUUGUGGCAGAUAUAGAUGUUUUAUCAGGCGUUUCACAGUCGGGACACAAGACAAGGUCAUAAAUAAUAUCCAACACCUGACAAGAUACGCACAGCAGUAGUCUCAACAACGACAGGUGGCAUAGGAGGGCAAAGCAAAGAGUGAGAGAGAAACUGACUGAGCCCAGAAAAAAAGACAAUUGGGGGGGGUACAUAACAGAGAAAGAGAGAGACAAACACAAUCACAGACAACUGUUUCUGUUGUUUGUAAAUAAAAAUGCAAUCCUUUGACACUUGAGUGGAGAAAUGCUUACAUAAUGAAUUAAGCUGUGUCAUUUGAAAGUGCAGCUGACGCAACCCAACCUGUCUUGAAACAGGGAAGCAGUAAAUAAUUCACAUUUAAUCACUGUCCUAGCAACAAAAAAUACAGGAAACCUCACUUCUGCUAUUACCCAUGUCAUACCCUUGUUGUAGUUUUCAAUAGAUUCUAAAUGUCGGACUUUUUGCUGUGAAUAUGAAGUCAAUGUCUUCAAC